ACAGACAGGCGCUCCUUACCACCUCAACUACUCGCAUGCAACUGGAUUACUAAAAUUUAAGGUUUUUCUGACAAUGUGACUUGGAUUAAACACUACAUCCCUGCAGCACUUUUCAAUUAUAUAUUUGGAAUAUGGUUCUGUCCUGGGACUUGGCUAGCUCCACUUUUGGGGCCAUUAAACAUAUCCAUCUGGACCAAUAAGAAGACACGUUUUGACUACACACUUUUUUGGAAUAUAUCACUGAACGUUAUCAACCAUCAUGGAUCCACUGUUGCACCCAGGUUCUAGUGCUCUGUACUGCCCCCUACUGCUACUUGUUGCUGCAUCUUGCUCUCUGCUCCUCCCUUUAGCAUCUCCACAGCGUGUUCCCAUCGACCCACAGGCCGCUCCCGAAUACGCUCAUUCCAUUCGCCUGGACGGGGACAUCAUUCUGGGAGGUUUGUUCCCAGUCCACUCCCGGGGCGAUCGCGGUACCCCUUGCGGAGAACUUAAAAAGGAGAAAGGGAUCCACCGUUUGGAAGCCAUGAUGUUUGCCAUAGACCUGAUCAAUAAGGACCCCGAGCUACUUCCGAAUAUCACUUUGGGGGCUAGGAUCCUGGAUACGUGCUCUCGAGACACCUACGCUCUGGAGCAGUCUCUCACUUUUGUGCAGGCCCUGAUCGAGCGGGAUGGGUCAGAUGUACGGUGUGCUAACGGAGAUCCGCCCAUCUUCACCAAACCGGAUAAAAUAGUGGGAGUGAUCGGAGCCGCCGCCAGCUCUGUGUCCAUCAUGGUGGCCAACAUUCUGCGCCUGUUCAAGAUCCCUCAGAUCAGCUACGCCUCCACGGCCCCGGAGCUGAGCGACAACACCCGCUAUGACUUCUUCUCUCGCGUGGUGCCUCCGGACUCGUACCAAGCCCAGGCCAUGAUGGACAUCGUCACGGCGAUGGAGUGGAACUAUGUGUCCACGCUCGCAUCCGAGGGCAACUACGGGGAGAGCGGAGUGGAAGCCUUCAUCCAGAUCUCCAGGGAAACAGGAGGAGUGUGUAUUGCCCAGUCCUUGAAAAUCCCACGAGAGCCCAGAACGGGGGAGUUUGACAAGAUCAUCCGGCGUCUGCUGGAGACGUCCAACGCCAGGGCCGUCAUCAUGUUCGCUAACGAAGACGACAUCCGGCGAGUCCUAGACGCAGCCAAAAGGAACAACCAGACGGGUCACUUCCUGUGGGUGGGGUCAGACAGCUGGGGGUCAAAAAUCUCCCCUGUGAUUGGUCAGGAGAGAGUGGCUGAGGGCGCCAUCACCAUCCUACCCAAGAGAGCUUCAGUGGACGCCUUUGACCGGUACUUCCGAAGCCGCUCCCUUUCCAACAACAGAAGAAACGUCUGGUUUGCAGAGUUUUGGGAAGAAAACUUCAACUGCAAGCUCGGCAUGCAUGGAAAACGACCAGGAAGUCUGAAAAAAUGCACAGGUCUGGAGAAGGUUGGUCGUGAUUCCAGUUAUGAGCAGGAGGGGAAAGUGCAGUUUGUGAUGGACGCGGUGUACGCCAUGGCCCAUGCUCUGCACCGAAUGCACCGCGAGCUCUGUUAUGGUUACCCAGGUUUGUGCCCACGUAUGGCCAACAACAUCGACGGCAAAGAGCUCCUCAACCACAUCAGGGCUGUCCGAUUCAAUGGGAGUGCGGGGACACCAGUGGUUUUCAAUGAGAAUGGCGACGCCCCCGGCAGGUACGACAUCUUUCAGUACCAGAUCAACAACAGGUCGACCGCAGAGUACAGAGUCAUCGGCUCCUGGACCAACAAACUGCACCUCAAGCUGGAGGCUCUGCGGUGGAGGACAGGAGACCCCUCGCUGCCUCAGUCUGUCUGUAGUCUGCCAUGUCGCGCCGGAGAGAGGAAGAAAGUGGUCAAAGGCUCCCCGUGCUGCUGGCACUGCGAGCGCUGUGAGGGAUACCACUUCCAGGCGUCUGAGUUCACGUGUGAGCUGUGUCCAUACGAGAAGAGGCCCGAUAUAAACAGGACUGGCUGUGUGUCCAUCCCCAUCAUAAAACUGGAGUGGCACUCGCCCUGGGCCAUUAUCCCCAUGUUCAUCUCCAUGUUGGGCAUCAUCGCCACCUCUUUUGUCAUGGUCACGUUUGUCCGCUACAAUGACACGCCGAUCGUUCGCGCGUCGGGCAGAGAGAUGAGCUACGUGCUGCUCACUGGGAUAUUCUUGUGUUACGCCAUCACAUUUUUGAUGAUAGCCACGCCGGAUGUGGGUGUAUGUUCGCUAAGAAGGAUUUUUUUGGGACUGGGGAUGUGUUUUAGCUACGCGGCGCUCCUUACCAAGACAAACAGGAUACAUCGCAUCUUUGAACAAGGGAAGAAGUCUGUGACAGCGCCAAGGUUCAUCUCGCCUGCCUCCCAGCUCGUCAUCACCUUCUCCCUGAUCUCGGUGCAGUUGCUGGGUGUGUUUGUGUGGUUCGCUGUGGACCCUCCUCACACGGUGGUAGACUAUGGAGAGCAGAGGACCCAGGACCCCCUAUCUGCACGAGGGGUCCUCAAGUGCGACAUCUCCGACCUGUCCCUCAUCUGCUCUCUGGGGUACUCCAUCCUGCUCAUGGUCACCUGCACAGUCUACGCCAUCAAAACCAGAGGAGUACCCGAAACCUUCAACGAGGCCAAGCCCAUUGGAUUUACCAUGUACACAACCUGCAUCAUCUGGCUGGCCUUUAUCCCCAUCUUCUUCGGCACGUCGCAGUCGGCAGAAAGAAUGUACAUCCAGACCACCACUCUGACCAUCUCCCUGAGUCUGUCCGCCUCUGUGUCUCUGGGAAUGCUCUACAUGCCCAAAGUCUACAUCAUCCUCUUCCACCCGGAGCAGAACGUGCCCAAGAGGAAACGCAGCUUUAAGGCCAUCGUGACAGCUGCCACCAUGUCGGGCAAACUCACCCAGAAGGGAGGGGACCGGCCCAACGGAGAAGUGAAGACUGAGCUGUGUGAGAGCAUGGAGACCAACACUUCAUUAACUAAGACGACAUAUGUCAGCUACAGCAAUCACGCCAUCUGAGUGGAUCACUGACGAGAAUGGAAACGAAUGGGCCUGGACACAUGAAUGGGAAAUGGCUUGUCUGUGGGCGGAGCCGAGCCA